GGCUGCACACUACACCAGUCCAAAAGCCCGUUUCGUCAGUGGCUUACAUGGACCCUAGUUCGUCGUCGUCUCGCUUUCCGGCGGCGGCCGCGGUGGUGGCGGCAGCACUGCUGCUGCUUCUGCCGGCGUUGUCGUCGGCCGGCGACGACGACUGGCAGCAGUGGCAAGCGGCGCACGCCACGUUCUACGGCGACGAAAGCGGCGCCGACACCAUGCAGGGUGCGUGUGGCUACGGCGACCUGUUGCAGCAGGGGUACGGGCUGGAGACGACGGCGCUGAGCGUGGCGCUCUUCAACGAGGGCUGGUCCUGCGGCGGCUGCUACGAGAUACGGUGCCAGGGGAGCACGUUCUGCCCCCGCGGCGGCGCGCCGGUGACGGUGACGGCGACGAACCUGUGCCCGGCGAACUACUCGAAGCCGAACGAGAACUGGUGCAACCCGCCGCUGCGGCACUUCGACCUGUCCAAGCCCAUGUUCCUGCGCCUCGUCACCGACUUCCACGUCGGGAUCAUCCCCGUGGAGUACCGCCGCGUGGCGUGCGCCAACAAGCGCGGCGGCGUCCGGUUCGAGAUGAAGGGCAACCGGUGGUGGGUCGCCGUGCUCGUCUUCAACGUCGCCGGCGCUGGCGACGUCAAGGCCGUCGCCGCGAAGGGGUCCCGCGACGGCGGGCAGUGGGUCGACUUGUCGCGCAGCUGGGGACAGGUGUGGACGAACGGCGAUGGACGGAGCGUCGGGGAGGGCCUCUCGUUCCGCGUCGUCGCCGGCGAUGGACGCGCCGUCGUGCUCGACGACGCCGUGCCGCCUGGGUGGGCGUUCGGCCAGAGCUUCGAGGGCAGGGGCCAGUUCUGACACACCUGUACGCAAGGGAUGUUUGCAAUUGCUAGCGUCCGUCCAUGCUUUGUAUUCACCGGCGCCUGUUCUUUAGUUUUCAAAUUGCCAAGAUGUCGUUUAUGGAAAACCUGUGUUUUUUUUUAUUAUCAAUCAUCAUCAAACUGAGAAAUGCA